GGGAACACCCACAGAGAAAGAGAGGAAGACACUCGAAGACGUCCAGCAGCUCACACAUGCUGGUCAGAACGCGCUGUGACAUCACACUGACAUCAUGAGCUUCCCUGCCAGCCACACAGACAGGUACGCAGAGGACAGGUGUCUCCUGGUUUGGUUCAGUUCAGUCCAGGAUCAGAACCACGCCUGUAAACUGGUCCAGUUUUUUCUCAUCAGAAGAUUGUAUUUUCUGUUUUCUCAGAAGAAACUUUUCUGUUUGAACUGAACCUGAGUUCAGGUUCUCUGAUGGGGAGCUGCUGGCUGUUACCAUGACAACACAACAGACGGGCUGCUGUUGGGGCCCCGGGGCCCCCCAACAUCCAGGACAUGGAGCUGAGGGAGGAGUGGCAGGACGACGGCUUCCCCAGGCCUCUCCCAGAGGAUUGUGGGAAUCCAGAAGAGGCGGAGAGCCCGUCAGACGGCGAGCGGCGACCAGCCCCGCCCACCAGCCUAGCCCUAUCAGGAACUGUUGGUGGGGGGGCUAAGAAGCGUCUCGUAGCCCCGUCUCUCAGUCUCACUCUGAGCCGCAGAGACUCUCAAGACCCGAGUAACGACGGCUUGGCCGCGCUGUCGGCGACGCCGGACGAGACGCCGUCACUCGACAUCAACUUGGAGGCCCUGGAGACGCCAUCAGGCAGCGAGACAGGAACUCUGCCAGACAGCAUGCAUGAGCUGGAGUGGGAGGAUGACCUCCCCCGAACGGCGAGGGGAGCGUCUGGAGUUACAGCCAGGAGUCCAAUGGAGCAGUUAGAGGGUCUGAUUGAGCUGGACCAGGUGGACAGCAGGGGGCGCCGCUGGAGGAAGUUCCGUAUCUCUGGGCAUGAAUAUCACGUCAACAUGAGCGUCCUGGAGCCGUACCUGCAGGUCCUGUCGCAUGGAGGUUACUAUGGAGAUGAGAUGAAUGCCAUCAUCCUGUUCAGCUCCUGCUACCUGCCAGAGAACACGGUGGAGGACUACGAGUACGUCAUGGACAAUUUGUUCAGGUACAUUGUUGGAACGUUGGACCUGAUGGUCUCAGAGAAUUACCUGCUGGUCUACCUGUGUGCCAUGGCUCCCAGAAACAAACUGCCGGCCAUCAAAUGGCUCCACCAGUGCUACACCUCCAUCGACAGGAGGCUGAAGAAGGACCUGAAGGGGCUGCUGGUUGUCCAUCCUGCCUGGUACAUCAAAGCUCUCAUCACUGUGGUCAAACCCUUCAUCAGUGAGAAGUUCAGCAGGAAGAUUCGGUUCGUCCACAGUCUACAGGAGCUUUCUCAGUUCAUCCCCACAGACAGGCUGCAGAUCCCAGAUGCCAUACGCCACUUUGAUGACAACUUGAACCGAUGACCAUGACGGACUCAGCAGACUGGAUGGAUCCUAAAGGUCAAAGGCCCUCAGGAGCUGGAGGAACCUGAUGACCUUUGACCUUCAUGUACAGAGAAUAGUUUAUUUAUACUGUAUUUGAAUCGGGGAGGGUAAGUUAAACGUUUAGUUUUAGUUUUCCUGCGACUUCAGACUCAUCUCACUUGGAUUUUAGUUUUAUUACUGUGAGAACUUCCAGAACAAAACUCCUGUUGCUUUUGGGGCUCCUGUCCCUGCUGGGACACGUGUUUGACUAUGCCAAACCAACCCUGAUCAGCUGUAAACCCCUCAAAACAUCUCCCUUCUUCCUCAUGUCACAUUCAGCUGUUUUAUGUGCUAAAUUUGGUUGAAUUGUUGCUGCUAAUUCCAGCACUGCCGCAAACAUAUGCCUGGUCUAUUUGUUGUCGGUGGAGACUCCAUCCGUCACCAGGGCAGGUAGAUGAAGCUGUGAGUGUGUGACAGGUGGGAGGAAACCCCACAUUUUGUGAAAGUGAUCUGAGGUCUGAAGCUGCUGUAGGAAACCAUCACAUGCCUAUAAAUGAAUGUGCUAAUGUUCAGGACUUCAGGCGGCGAUCCUGAACACUGGACAAACUGCAGGUCUGUUGAAAAUGACUCUUGUAAAUAAGGUCACUUGGUGGUAUUUUCCUUUAAAAUUCUGACAUUUGGGUUUAUUGUUCGCCAUCAUCUCAGAUGUCUUGAGCUUGUAUUUUCAAACAGAAUUUGAGGGUUUUCUCAUUCAAUUCAAUGGUCAACAGCAAGUGAACACAAGGACACGAACAGCACACUGAACAAGUGUUUUACCUUUUUCACUAACUGAACCUGUAAUAAAACAGUCAAACCUUCUUAACAACA